GUGUCUUGGUGCUGGAUACACGGCUCGCUGAAGCAACAUGAAACUUGGGUGUGUUCAGUUGUUUUAAGGAAAAAAAAAUCAGCCUGCCAGCUGCACAGUGAGGAUUUAGUGGUGUACAAAGCCCAUUAAAAAAAAAGAAAUGGCUGGUAAACAAUCAGGUGUGCAGAAGAAUUGGACUCUUCUGAAAGAGAAAGUCACCCCCCUCGAUGCAGACGCAACAGAAGCCAACCUGGAAAAUGCUGAACCCGAGCUUUGCAUCCGCUUGCUGCAAGUCCCAACUGUUGUUAAUUACUCUGGGCUAAAGAAACGACUGGAAAAUAGCAGUAAUGACUGGAUGGUACAAUUUCUAGACCUCGAUGGGCUGGAUUUACUGCUCGAGGCCUUAGACAGGCUCUCUGGCAGAGGUGUGGCAAAGAUCUUCGAUGCCCUCCUGCAGCUCACUUGUGUUAAAUGUGUACGAGCUGUGAUGAAUUCUUCAAGUGGCAUUGACUACAUCGUAACAAAUGAAGGCUACAUUCGAAAACUAUCCCAAGCUUUGGACACAGCCAAUAUCAUGGUAAAGAAACAAGUGUUUGAACUGUUAGCAGCACUAUCCAUCUACUCACCAAAAGGUCACCAUCUGGCCUUGGACGCGCUGGAACACUACAAGACUGCAAAAAGUCAACAAUAUCGAUUUAGCGUUAUCAUGAAUGAACUUCAGACCACAGAUAAUAUUCCAUAUAUGGCAACACUCAUGAGUGUCAUCAACGCAAUCAUUUUGGGAGCUGAGGAACUGAUGUUGCGUGCAGAGCUUCGGAAUGAAUUCAUAGGUCUCCACCUGUUGGACCUACUGCCAUUACUAAGGGAAAAAGAUGAGGAGGAUCUGUUGGUCCAAUGUCUCACGUUUGAGGAAGCUAAAGAAGACGAUGAUGAAGAAUUAAUGAGACUCUAUGGUGGCAUUGAUAUGACCAGUCACCAGGCAGUAUUUACAGCAUUGUUUAAUAAGGUGAGCACCUCACCAGUGUCUACUCAGCUGCUGUCAAUUCUGCAGGGGCUUCUGCAGCUUGAACCAUCUAACAGUGCCCUGCUCUGGGAAGCAUUGGAAAUCUUGGUGAAUAGAGCCAUUCUAAUCGCUGAUGACACAAAUGAAGAAAACGAUGUUGGCCCUAUUAUGGAAAGACUUGUAGUAGUUAAGAAAUUAGGAAAAGAUCAGUUGAUGAGACAAAAUGCUGGUAAAAAGGCUGUUGAUAGAGGUAUACAGACAGAAAUGUCUGAGCCCAUGACAUCAACUGUAAUAAAGUCAUCAGAUCCAGCCUCCCUUCCAGCUAGCCAGAUACCUCCUCAGCCCUGCAUACCACCUCCACCUCUUCUUCCAGGCACUACCAGUAAGCUUCCCCCAGCCCCACCUCUCCCUGGUGCUGGUGGUGUCCCUCCCCCUCCCCCACCUCCGAAUCUGAGGAAGGCUGGUGUGAGAUUUGCGGCAGAAUCGGAUGACAAGUUCAGCAAGACUCGUGUUAAUGUCAGCAGCACGUCGCUCUGUCUUCGAUACCCUAGCAAAGUGGAAAGGCAAUUUCUUGCUGACCGGCAGUGA